GGCAGCGGCAAAGAGCUCAGGGUCACAAUGGGAAAACACUUCCACCUGUACGAGAACAUCUCCAAAGUCAGUCCCUUUGAGGGGCCCCAGUAUUACCUGGCCCCUGUCUGGGCCUUUUACCUGCAGGCCGCCUUUAUGGGUUUUGUUUUUUUUGCUGGCACUCCUUUAAACUUCAUUGUUCUCGUGGCGACGAUGAAGUACAAGAAGCUCAGAGUCCCACUCAACUUCAUUCUUGUCAACAUCUCCUUCUCCGGCUUCAUCUUCGUCACCUUCUCUGUCAGUCAGGUGUUCUUAGCCUCCAUGCGAGGUUACUACUUCCUGGGUCACACGCUGUGUGCUCUGGAGGCUGCUGUGGGCUCCGUGGCAGGUCUGGUGACCGCCUGGUCUUUGGCGGUGCUUUCCUUUGAGAGGUACCUGGUCAUUUGUAAACCGUUCGGAGCCUUUAAGUUUGGCUCAAAUCACGCUCUGGCUGCAAUGGCCUUCACCUGGUUCAUGGGCGUCGGCUGUGCCUGCCCACCUUUCUUUGGCUGGAGCAGGUACAUCCCUGAAGGUCUGGGCUGCUCCUGUGGACCCGACUGGUACACUCACAAUGAGCAGUACAACACGACCAGCUACAUACACUUCCUCAUGGUCACCUGCUUCAUCAUGCCUCUCUCCAUCAUCAUCUUCUGCUACUCCCAGCUGCUGGGUGCUCUGAGAGCAGUUGCAGCCCAGCAGGCUGAGUCAGCCUCCACCCAGAAGGCGGAGAAGGAGGUGUCAAGAAUGAUCAUCGUUAUGGUGGGGUCCUUCGUCACCUGCUAUGGCCCGUACGCCCUGGCAGCUCUUUACUUUGCCUACUCCACAGAUGAAAACAAAGACUAUCGACUUGUCACCAUCCCGGCGUUUUUCUCUAAGAGCGCCUGCGUCUACAACCCACUCAUCUACGUCUUCAUGAACAAACAGUUUAAUGGCUGUAUCAUGGAGAUGGUGUUUGGAAAGACAAUGGACGAAUCCUCCGAAGUUUCCACAAAGACUGAAGUGUCCACAGCUUCUUAAUGCUCACACCAAAGUGACACAAAGAACUUUUAAGAGGGCGUGACUGAGCUGAAGAGGACCUUCACAGGUCAGAGUUUGGAGGACGAAUGUUUCCUGUAUUCUCAUCGUUAUGUAAAUAAAGUUUAUACGUACACACGA